AUGGAAUUGAGAAAAUAUUCACAGCAAAAGAACAAAAUAUCCUACGCAAGAUCAGUAGAAAUAAAUUGGAAACUACACGCUAGCUUUGGUAGUUAUUGGAAUAAAUUAGCUGCUGUUACCGAAAGCUCCUGUGCUCUGCAGAAUGUUAAGCUUUUGUCGUUGUUGAAUUUACUGUGCAAUACCACACAAACCACAUCUAUACAAAUGAGGGAUGCUUGUUAUGGAUGUUUUUUUCGAGCUGGUAGUAUUAUAAGUGGUCCGACGCUGUUAUCAUCCCUAAAUGAUUGUGCUCGUUUAUACAUAGCAGAAUCGGAAUAUGCCAGCUGUGCCGCGAAUUUGCAAGCCUUAGUAGAUGGCAAUCGGCCGCAGCCACCGGAUCCAUUGGCAUCAGGUUUUUGUUUUACUGGAUAUUGUGAUUUUGUUCGCUGUAUUCGACGUAUUAAUGCCCAACAAUUGGUAAGUUGUUUCUCUUUAUUUUUUUAUUUAAUGUAUACUUAUUAUUUUAUUUUCAUAAUUUUGAGUGUGUGCCAGAUUCUAGCAAAUAUUUGAAAAUUUU